AUGUAUAUUAAAAAAAAAAUAUAUAAUUUUUAUAAAAAAAAUACUUUUGCCUUUUAUUUAGGUAGCACAUGGUUUAUAUUAAUUAAUAGUAGUUUGUUAUUUAGUUUAAAGUAUAUAAACAAUUUUGAAAAUCGUCAUCCUUAUAUACACGAUGCAAUAAAAAUUUUAAAAAUACAUUUAGAUUAUCCAAAUGAAAAAUGUCUUAAAUUAAUAAAAAAAAAAGGGAAUAUAGAUUCAUCUAAUAAAAGAGCUAAGUGUGAAUUAACUUUUUUAUUUAAUAAUGAAAAAAUAUAUCUCAACAUCAACUGUAUCAAUAUAAAAAAAAAAAAAGAGGAUUCCAAUGAUUAUGAUGAUGAAAAUAAAGAUAUUUCUAUGUAUUUAGAAAACCCGUUUUUAAUAAAAAAAGAAAUAAAAAAUUUUAUUGUUAAAAUAAAAUCAUUUUUACUCUCCUUUGUUUCAAGCAGAGAUAAUCAAGAAAAUAAUUCGAAAAAUGAAAAUGAAAUAAUUAAUGAGAACAAAGGAAUAACAUAUAAAAAAGAAUAUAUUCUUAAUAUAAUUAAAAAUGAAUCCGAAUGGCAGAUAAAUAAUAUAAUGCUAGUUAAAAAAAAAAUUUGUGAAAAUAAUGAAAGAACUAAGUUACCUUUUAUAAAUAAUUUUUUUAAUUAUUCCUAUCAAAUAGAUACUAUAUAUGGUAAUCCCCAAAAUAAUUCUUAUUUUUAUAAAUAUAAUAAUAAAAAGAAGGCUUUUAGUAAUACUCAAAAAAAUUUAAUGAAAGUUUUAUCAUGCGGAUUUUUCUUUUCAACUCUUUUAGCUAUUAAAAGAAUUUUUAUAUAUAAAAAUUCUUAUUCCAGUUUAAAUUUUGUUAAACAUUACGUAUGUAAUAAUAAAGAACUUCACAAUAUAUUAGGUAAUAAUCAAAUUCAAAUUAUAAGUAUAUCAGGUGUGCAUGAAAAAAAUUACCUCAAUAGCAAAAUUUUUUUUCAAACAAAAGAAAAGCAAGGAGUUAUACAAAUGACUGCUACAAAAAAUGAUUUAGAUAAAUAUUUUUUUCUUUUACAUGCUAAACUAUUAUAUGAUAAUGAAAUUAUUGAAUUAAAUAAAAAAUAA